UUACUACAACCCAUUGAAAGCUUCAUCAUUUAUCUACCAAUAGGACCAGAACAUCUUACUAGCUCAUAUCCACAUUGGUCGACGCUUUUUAACUUUCACGGUAUUGAGUUUCCUGUAAAGUUAGAUAGUAUUUCAAAGUUUGAAAAGCAAAAUAAUGUUUCUAUUAAUGUGUACGGACUUGAAUUAAUUUAUGUAAARAAUAAGGUAAAAUUUGAAGUAGUGGGCCCAUUAUAUUUUACUAAUUAUAAAAAACCUCUUCAUAUCAAUUUGUUACUAUUGAGUGAUUGUGAUGGUAACCAACAUUACUGUACAAUCAUUGAUUUGCCACGUUUAGUAUCUUCUCAGUUAUCGAAACAUCAUCAUUCUAAAUUUUUUUGUGAUGGAUGUCUGCAAUAUUUUACUACUUCAGCUUUAUUAGAAAGACAUUCGUCAACUGAUUGUGGCAAACUUUACGCCAGAAUUCCAAAUAAUCAAUUAAUAACAAACAAAUUUGGUUAUAAUGUCCCUGCCAAUGUCGUAGAAUUUCAAAAUUUUCAUCAUCAAAUGACUAUUCCAUUUAUUGUUUAUGCCGAUUUCGAAUGUUUAUUGAAACCUAUGAGUACAGUUGCACCAGAUCCGAAACAAUCAUUUACGAUGAAAACUUUUCUUCAUCAACCAUACUCUUGUGCAUAUUACAUUAAAUGCUCUUAUAAUAAUCAAUUAUCAAAAUUUCAAAGUUUUCGUGGACCAACAUGUGUUGUUGAUUUUCUUAAGUCACUAGAAAAUGAUUUAAAGGAAAUUCAUAUAAAGUAUUUAAGUGUUGUACAACCAAUGCUUCCCUUAACUGAUCGUGAACAGUUUYAAUUUUUUACAGCUUCAGAGUGUCAUAUUUGUAAAAAACCUUUUCAAGAUUCCGAUAUUAAGGUGAAAGAUCAUUGUCAUUUAACGGGUCGUUAUAGAUUUGCUGCUCAUAGUAUAUGUAACUUAAAUUUUCAGAUUCCAAAUUACAUUCCAAUUGUUUUCCAUAAUUUAACAAAUUAUGAUAGUCAUUUAUUUAUUAAAGAAUUAGCUGUUGAAGAAAGUGAAAUAAACAUACUCGGUAAAACAAAGGAAAAGUAUAUUACUUUUUCGAAAAAAAWUUGUGUAGGACAUUACAUAAAUUCAGAGAAUCGAUUGGUAAAAGAAUAUUUAAAUUUACGUUUUAUCGAUAGUUUUCAAUUUUUGGCAUGUUCUUUAGAAAAAUUAGCAUCAGCAUUGGAAGAUGGACAAUGUGUACAAGUAAAGCGUUAUUUUCCAUUUGAUAGAGAAUUUAAAUUAAUUAGACAAAAAGGUGUGUUUCCACAAAUACUUAAAUUUUACCUUUUUUGUACAUACCUAUAGUUAUAAUAGUAGAAAUGUAUAAAUUAGCAGUAUUUGUAUUCUGUACGUCAACAAUGAAACUUAUACAACAAAAAGAUUUAUUAAAAAUUUCAAAUCAUGA